GUCACAUUGUGCAAAAUCACGAUUGCCGUUCUGCCUUUAAUUCUUGGACCUGAUAUCGCAAUCUGCAUUUCCUUACUUGGGCGGAUUCUUAGUGACAGAUCUAUUCCUGUGUACACAACUGGAAUUGACUCUCUUUAGCAGCCGCAAUGCCGUCGGCAACCGACCACUGCACGCCAUCGGCCAUCAUCGAGGUGCCCCCUCAUACGACCCCCGAGCUCAACCACGUCCUCAAGCACGAUAGCUCGAUCCUUGCCCUUAUUGUUAGCAAAGACAGCAUUUAUGCCGGCACGCAAGAUGGAGAAAUUGUUGUAUGGUCUCUCGACACUUUCCAACAGACGAAUCGGAUCCAGGCGCACAAACGUAGCGUCAUGUGUCUGUUCCUGUCCGAAGAUGCAUCUCUCCUCUUCUCUAGCGCGAGCGAUCCCAUUGUGAACGUCUGGUGCCCCAGAACCAUGAGCCGUCUUUGCGAGAUCUACAGCACGCAGGAUUCAUUCGGCGACAUCUUCUCCGUUGCCUACUCAGCCCAGCACGACACAGUUUACUACGGCGCUCAGAACACCAGCAUACAAUGGGUUGGAUUGAGGGAUCCCGCACGUCGAGUGCAACAUGACUGUCCUGAUCACCCCGACCGAAGAAACCACCGGUUCUUUGAUUCGAGAGCUGCAGGCGGCACAAGUACUCCGCGGCCUACCGACGAGCGAUACGAUCGUAUUCCCCAAUCUCAUAUGGUCUUGGAGACCGAUCGAAGAGCUUACAAACUGUUUGCACACUUCGGAUAUGUCUAUUGUAUGCUUAUGACGAAAGGGGCUACGGCCUUCGCAGACUCGGAAGAGGAUGUGUUGAUAUCCGGCGGUGGUGAAGGUGCCAUCAAGGUCUGGAAGCUUGGUGGUCAGGGCGUUGGCCCAGAUGGCAUCGACAAAGGCCUGGAGCAGAUCAUGAAGCUUGGUGAGGAUGAUCUGGAAUCGGUCAUGUCACUGGCUAUUGAUGGAUCAUUUCUGUAUAGUGGAAAACUCAGGGGCGUAGUGGAACUUUGGGACUUGGACACUAAACAAAGGUUGCGGGUGAUUAAGGAUCACAAGGGUGACAUCAUGUCGCUCUCCAUGGGGUGGGGUUAUCUAUGGAGCACUGGCUCUAAUGGAACAUCAAGCAAACACAGCACGGUCCACUAUGAGAACUACCAGCCAAAUUCAUAUCAGAACGUGAGCCAGAAGUACCAAUGCCUGACUCAGUGGAGGGCUCAUGACGGCAAAAUCUUGGCCUCCGCUGUCGCUGAGCAUCAGGGCAACCUGCUUUACAUCACAGGGGCCAAUGACAACAACCUCGCCGUUUGGGUCGUGGAAAACCCUCCCCAGACUGAACAAGAAAAGCCCGAAGAAAACGAGGACAUGAUGAUAUCUAGUCUACGGGAGUUCGUUUCAUACAAGACUAUCUCGUCCAAGCCCGAGUUCGCAGAAGACUGCCGACGAGGUGCUACCUUUCUUCGUACACUUUUCCGGAAACUCGGCGGGGACGUGGAGAUGUUGAGUACCGAUAACAACCGCCACCCAGUUGUGUUUGCCAAGUUCAACGGAAAGCUUGAGCCCAAAGAGAACCGCAAGCGCAUCUUGUUCUACGGCCACUACGACGUGGUACCAGCUGGCGCCACAGAGGGCAAAUGGAACACCGACCCGUUCCAGCUUAAGGGUACGAAUGGAUAUUUGUAUGGUCGCGGCGUCAGCGACAACAAGGGUCCUGUUGUAGCCGCCUUGUACGCCGUCACAGACCUCAUGCAAGCCAAGUCGUUAGACUCUGACAUCAUCUUUCUGAUCGAAGGCGAGGAAGAAUCUGGUUCCCGGGGAUUCCAGGAAACAAUUCGCCGGAACAAGGAGCGCAUUGGUCACAUCGACUACAUACUGUUAGCCAACAGUUACUGGCUCAAUGACGAGAUUCCCUGCCUGACAUACGGCCUUCGCGGUGUCCUCCACGCCACAGUCUGCGUCCAGUCCAAGAGCCCAGACCUUCACUCUGGUGUGGACGGAUCCUGCAUGGUCAACGAGCCAGUCACUGACCUGACCAUGCUGAUCUCGAAGCUGAAAGGUCCGCGCAACAGGAUUCUACUGCCAGGUUUCUACGACGGUGUGCUGCCCCUGACUCCUGAGGAAGAUUCUCGUUACAAUGACAUCAUUGCCGUGCUCAUGGCGCAAAACUCCCAAGGCAUACCAACCUCGAGUCUUAGGGGUUCCCUUAUGGCCAGGUGGCGCGAGCCCAACCUUACGAUUCACGGAUUUAAGACCUCGGGUGCGGAGGAAGGGAGCUUGGUGAGCAGCCACGCAAGUGCGCACAUCAGUUUCCGCCUCGUGCCGGGUCAGGAAGUAGGGGAUGUUAUCAACAGCCUGACCACGUAUCUUGAUGAGAAGUUUGCUGAGCUCGAAUCGGAUAACACGUUGACGGUCAAGAUCAACAACCAAGCGGAGCCGUGGCUGGGAGACACGGACAACCACGUCUUCCGCACACUGGAAGAGGCCAUCAUCAAGGCGUGGGCGCCACUCUUUGACGUCGGGACUGGUAGAGACACAGAAACCGCCAACGGCAAUGAUGCGAAACCUCGGAAGCCGCUUUACAUACGCGAAGGUGGGUCCAUUCCGGCCAUCCGCUUCCUGGAGAAGGAAUUUGACGCCCCCGCUGCCCAUCUGCCCUGCGGUCAAGCGAGCGACUCUGCGCAUCUGGACAAUGAGCGCUUGCGCGUAAUAAAUCUGCUCAAGAGUCGAGAGAUAUUCGGAUUUGUGUUCGGGAAGCUGUAGAGGAAGGGGGUGGGCCAGGUCGGCGUUUGUUUAGGCGGGUAGGAUAGAGAAACAGACUGCGGCAUAGACUAUAUAGAGAUACCCUUGCUAGAUUAAGGUAUUACGAUUUCCAUCACCUGCUACAAGCGAAUGGGUUGGUCUGAUUUGGCGAAUGACUCUGGGUGCGCAAGUGUGUACAGGCAAGGGUCAUCACCUGCGGGUUUUUG